AUGCUGAUCCUCGUAUGGAUGCUUUCUCAGAAGCAUGUUUCAGACGUUGUCGAUGAUAGCAAAGAUAACAUCACCAUUUUCACCCGCAUCCUGGACAGGCUGUUGGAUGGAUACGACAACCGCCUGAGACCUGGACUUGGAGACAGCGUAACUGAAGUCAAGACAGACAUUUACGUGACGAGUUUCGGCCCUGUCUCGGACACAGAUAUGGAAUACACUAUUGAUGUUUUUUUCCGGCAAUCCUGGAGAGAUGAAAGGCUGAAGUUUGAUGGUCCCAUGAAAAUACUUCCAUUGAACAACCUGCUGGCCAGUAAGAUCUGGACUCCUGAUACUUUUUUCCACAAUGGGAAGAAAUCUGUCGCCCAUAACAUGACAACACCCAACAAGCUGCUGCGCCUGGUGGACAAUGGCACCCUCCUGUACACCAUGAGGCUGACGAUUCACGCAGAGUGCCCCAUGCACUUGGAGGACUUCCCAAUGGAUGUGCAUGCCUGCCCGCUGAAAUUUGGGAGCUAUGCCUACACAAAGACGGAGGUGAUCUACACCUGGACACUGGGGAAGGAUAAAUCAGUGGAAGUAGCGAAGGGUGGAUCUCGCCUGAACCAGUAUGACCUGCUGGGCCAUGUUGUAGGGACAGAGAUGGUUCGAUCCAGCACAGGGGAGUAUGUUGUCAUGACCACACACUUCCACCUCAAGAGGAAGAUUGGGUACUUUGUGAUCCAGACCUACCUACCCUGCAUUAUGACGGUCAUCCUGUCCCAGGUCUCCUUCUGGCUUAACAGGGAGUCUGUUCCUGCCCGAACGGUUUUUGGUGUCACCACCGUCCUCACCAUGACCACACUAAGCAUCAGCGCAAGAAACUCGUUACCUAAAGUGGCGUACGCGACGGCCAUGGACUGGUUCAUAGCCGUCUGUUACGCCUUUGUGUUUUCUGCGCUGAUCGAAUUUGCCACUGUCAACUACUUCACCAAGCGCAGCUGGGCUUGGGAUGGCAAGAAGGUACUGGAGGCCCAAGAGAUGAAGAAAAAAGAGCCAGUGGCACUAGCAAAGAAAACUAACAACACCUACAACAUUGUUGGCACCACGUAUGCCCUCAACAUUGCCAAGGACCCUGGCCUGCCCACCAUCUCCAAGAGUGCUGCUGCCACUGCUACUGCCACCAACGUACCCCACAAGAUGCCCCGCAUAGAGGAGAAGCUCCCAGAGAGUAAGAAGACAUACAACAGUGUCAGCAAGGUAGACAAGAUGUCCCGCAUCGUCUUUCCAGUCCUCUUUGCCAUUUUCAACUUAGUCUACUGGGCCACAUACGUAAACCGGGAGUCAGCUAUCAAGGGAAUGAUCCCCAAACAAUAA